CUUGUGAAAAAUGAGCUUCCCCAUGCAACAUAUUAUAUCUUCAAGAAUAUAGAUACCUCACAAAUUAACAUGUUUUGACUGUUACGUUCAUAAAGGAAUCAACGACUUUGCUCCCGAAUGAGUUAUAAUCGUGCAUGGUUGUAUUUCAUCGCUGCAUGCGCUUCGAGAAAUGCGAAAUAAAUCUAACCAUAAAAAGUGGAUGUUAUUCCAGGGGUGAGCAAGUAUAUAACCAGAUCCCCAGAACUGAACAAGCCAUCACUCGAUCACCAUGGAGAUAACGGAGUGAUUUCUUCAAGCGCCCAUCUCCUGCCAAACGCCGUUUACCGAUCCUCACCCUGCAAGCACAAGGUUUCUUCUACACAAAAUCUUCAGUGAAAUUCAUGAUAAACGGGGCCACCAUUAACCCCCACCAGUUUCCAGAUUUAGGAAUCUUUGAUUUUACAGUGGCUACGUACGAGGACGGUUCUUUCUUUGAAUUACCAUGGCAAUCUACGUUACAAAGCUUUCAGGAGGGGCACUCGGUGGAGAUGAUGUCGCCAGUAAAAGAAGUCGACGGGGUCGGGGCAGUUUGCUACGACCCUGUCGACCGAGAGGAGGCGGAGAUGGAGAAGGAGGAUUAUUUAUUGGGGCAGGCGUGGGAGAAGACUGCACUACAGAGCAUCACUCAACAGAGUGGCCUGUUUAACAAAAUGGACAUGGCCUCAGGAUUGAACACAGUGGAUAGUGUCAUCGACAGCACCAAGCUGGACCUUUCAGCAACCAGUACCGUGGACCUCACAGAACUCUUCCCUGACCUCACUGAAAUCCUCAUCCCCAACCCUGAUGAUGAGGGCGUGCCAUCACCCCUCGGAGAGGAAGGAGCAGACCUAAGCACCUGCGCCCAAUCUCCUGCAGAAGCUAAGGGUGGAUUCAGUGGAGGCAGAAGGGGGCAGCUCCCCUCGACCUCAUCUUGCAGUGAGAUGAGCGAUUACGAGGAAGGACUGAGCCCCGCGGAGUUGGACUCGACGUUGGAGCAUUUCUUCAACACGUUCGCCAACCUGGAAGAGUUUCUGGUCCCGGCUGAAGAGACUGGUCCUACGUCUACUGUCGAUGCUGCCACUGUGCGAAGCCUGAUUGAUAACCCAACGACUACGGAUAACCAAUCAUCUCUGGAUAACCUGCUGGCUGUCGAAGAUGGUUCUUUUGCUCUUUCUACAGUCAACGUUACAAAGCGACUCAAGGCGGAAAAUGUCGAAGAUGAGGAGAAUACUUGCCAAGUAGCUAAGAAGUCGCGAACCUCUAAGAAUGGAGCUCCGAGAACGACAGCGAGUCCCGAAGAAUUGUACCGUCGUCGCCGAGUCAAGAAUAACAAAGCAUGUCAGCGUGCGCGCCAAAGCAGGAAGAAGAGGGAUAAUGAUCUUGCAUCAACUGCUAAAAUCCUUGAAAAGGAAAAUGCAGAGUUGAGGGCGAAAAUUGAAGAACUGACAGAGAUUGCUGAAAUCUCUAGACGUGCUUUGGUCAGUGUUUUAGCUAAGUAAAGGGAACUUUUGUUUUCCCAUGGAGUAGAGCUCAAAUGGGUGUUGCUUUUGAUGGUGAGAAAGGGGAUGAAAGGCCAUUGAAGUGAAUUCUUGUACACUGAAUGCAACCAUGGCAACCAUUCUUGCAUGUACCUACAAGCCUGCCUUGUAGAUCUUUGAUCUAUCUCAAUGAUCUCGUACUAGAGUAAGAGUUGAUCCUACCAAAAUAAGAUUAUGUAGUAUAAUACAUAUAUAUGAGGAUGUGAUCAAAUUACUCGCUCUGUAAUGGGAUUUGGUUUUAGUAGGACGUCAUGACAGAUGGUAAAGAGUAGGUGCACAAGAUAAGCUUUGAUACAUGGUCUUCAACCCUUUGUACCUUAAGCAACGGACAGUGUCAACUUCGCAGCUUUAGGAUAAAAACUAGAAUGCAUUGUGCGUGUUUAUGUUCAUAUGAAAAAAUAUGGAUUUGUUUUAUUUGUUUUGUUGUAAAUAAGAUUUAUGAUUUAAAUGUUAUAAGGCAAAAAAAAAGAGUUUCACUCUAAUAAACAUUUGUUUUACUUUUUAGUUGUGAAUAUGAAUUGAGAUGAAAUACAUACAAUGUAUGACAUGUCAUAUUUUACUCAUACUUAUGAGACAUUUACUGUGGUCAGUUUUUUUUGUUUGAAAGUCAUUAGAAGUACAUUGCUUUGUGUUUAAAGUUUUUAAAGCAAUUUUAUAUACAUCAAUCUAAUCUGAAUUAAACUGAUAAAAUCCAAGCAACACUGAUACAUUUGCUUCUAAGUGUUGCUUGGAGAAUCACCAACAGAACUAUUUUUGUUACUGAAGCACUUAUUUGUUGUAAACUCAGGUCAGUUUACAUACCACAUGUGGUGGGUCCAUGGGUAUAGAUACACCAUGUUGUUUUGAGUUUAAAGAAAGGUAUAUAAUUGUGUAAAGGGGAAAAUACACAUUUUGUUCAACAGUAACCUAAAGGUAGUAAAGGAGGGUAAAGAAUUUUCCAAAUGAAAUAAAACAUUUCUAAAGAAUAUUACCGUUAUCGAUUUGGGGGUUUGUAUACAAGUAUCACGGUCAUAGCUAAAAAAACAAAUCAUGUGUUUAAUUUUCAGUCAUGCAUGUUUGGAGAUAUUCAGUUAUGCAAUAAGUUUUUUUAAUUCUUUCGGGGCAGCUGUUUUUCAUGCGACAGAAUUUAUAUACAUAUCCCAUUGGAUAUUUGAUGUUUUCCACCACGGCAGGUGUGUGUAAUAUAUUCCGUAUUUGGAAUAUAAUAAGGUAAGUAUAAAUAAUUAACUUGGGUUCAUUUUAAGAACUGUCAAAUUAUUCCAAUGUAAUUAUAAAUCCAAAACAGUGCAUGCAUUUUACACUGUUUGUAUGAGGGAAUUGUGACAGAAAACCAAGCGGGCUUGUAGUUGAACACACAACUCAUACUGUCACAUAUAAGUGAUAAUAUACCUUCGUUUCUAAUUUAAGUCAAUGAAUAUUAUUUUUAACAGUUCCAAUAAAUUGAUACUGAUAAUUAAUGGCAUAACAUUGUUUGCAAAUAUUCUUUUUACUGCCACUUUGAUCAUGGAUAGAAUAAUUCCCUUAAGUAAUAUAUGUUGACUACCAUAUAGAUGUGCACCUAAACUCACUGAUAGGCAUCAUUUUUUCCUUGUAAAUCAUGUAAGAAACUAUAUUCAUUCAUCAUAAACUUCAUUCUGUGAUAUUAUGCAGCCGUUUACCUUUGAAAUUUGAACAGCAUGCAAAUCCAAGCUAUUGCGGUAGAAUGAAAACACUCGUCAACAUAAAAAAAAUAAAAAAUGUUUAAUUCACUUCACUUUGAUUGUAUAUAAUUGCUCAGGGAAAUGUAUUUUGUAUAUUUGUGAUUUGAAAAAAUACAUUUAGACAUGAACUUGUGAAUAUAAUGAUUUGAUAUUUAGCGUUGUGUAUAUAUUUUCUUACCCUUCCAUUCUCUGUAUAUUUGAUAAAGACUAGGAUGAAAACAGAUCUUGAAUCUUGUCAUUUACGUAUAGUUUUCUUUUAAUAAUUAACUCUAGAUGUCAUUCUUUAGUUUGAUCAUGCAUGUUCGGGAUAUGGAUAAAAUAUCAUGAUGAAGAGGGGGGGGGGGGGGGGGGGGGUGGUAACCUUUGAUGGAUACGCCUUAAUUUCGUUUGAAACAAGAAACAAGAGACUGAUAGAAAGUCAUAUAUAGUAUAGGGAGAUUUUAUUGUUUUAUAAAUACAUGUAGUAGAAUUAAUUCCAUCAAAAUUACGAUUGUAAAUUAGAACAUAGGAAAAAAGAAGCAAAACAUUGAAUGUUAGGUAUAUGGUACAAUUGGUAUUCAAUAUUUUUGAAUCUAUGGUAAAUUUACACAAUACUCAUAUGCUGUACUGAUGUACUACGUUUAUUUUAUCUCUGCAAAUAGUAUCAAUUCUAUUCUACUCUGAAAUCAUUUUGUGAAAAUUGAGAAUAAAACAAUUGUAAAACCAACUA